AAUUCAAAGUUAACAUCAACUUUUUCUCGCACAUUUGAACUUGAAGCAAAAUUACAAAUACCGCGAAUAUUUUCAAGAAUUGAGUUGAAAGAUAGGAUAUAGUAAAUCAUAUAAGAAAACAUGAAGACUCUUCAGGUUAUUCGUCAAACUAAGGUUUUAUUCUCCAUGUGCAGGGUCAGGGCAAUAAAAUGGAGCCAUAAUUUUACCAGUGUUGGUAACAAGCCACAAAUAAGAAAAGUGCUGCUGCCUUGUGUUGUAUUUCACACUGUUGCACAGGUCCACACAAAUGCUCUCAGUAAAAAUAUGAAGCUUACAAGAAAUGAUUCAUCAAAUGAAUCCAAUACUCCAUUAGUUGUACUCCUUGCUUGGAUGAUGGCUAAGGAUCACCACCUUAAAAAAUACAGCAAUAUCUAUUUAGAAAGAGGGUUUGAUAUUCUCACUGUGACAAUGUCCCCCAUCCAAAUGUUACUACCUACAUCUGGCUGUCAUAUCCUUGCUCAGUCAUUACUAGGUUUCUUAGAGCAAGAGCAGUAUGAAAAGAUCAUAUUCCAUGGUUUUUCCGUUGGAGCAUAUUUGUUUGGAGAGUUUUUACGAAAGUUGAAUGAAAGUAGUUUAUAUUUAAGUUUGAUUAGUCGAUUUAAAGGACAAAUUUUUGAUAGUGCUGUUGGCUUUGAAGGAAUUCCAAAAGGUUUUCCUCGUGCUGUUACAAGUAAUUUAUUGUUAGUCAAAUUUGUAGAGUUUUACAUUCGUAAUCACCUUCACCUUAUGUACAAUAUUGCAACUAAACAUUACAUAGAGGCAUCCAAUGCUUUCCAUAACUCACCAUUGAAGUGUCCUGCUUUAUUGUUGGUCUCGGCAGAUGAUAUGGUGGGAAAUCCACAGGCCAAUCAAAAGUUGAUGGCUAUUUGGCAAGCUCAAAACAUAGAUGUGUCAUGGAAGUGUUGGGAAAAAUCUGCCCAUGUCAGCCACUUCUAUCACCAUAAAGAUGAAUAUAUUGAAGAGCUUGACAAGUUCCUGAAAAAAAUUCAACUGUAAUGUAAAUCAAGCUUGCAGACAUGUGGUAUAGUUUUAUCAAAGGUUAUUAAAUUCUUAGGGAAAUAUUGAAACUAGUGAUUUCUUAUAUAAUGAUUCCAAUCCCCUUUUUUUGAAGAUAACAAUACUACUGUGCCCAUUGUUUUAUGUUUUGCUAUCACUGCAGUAAUCAAUUGACGAUUCUUCGAUUCAGCUGGUAUUUCAAAUUGAUUGGGAUAUCUGUGAAUAAGUUCUUUCCUUAUCCAACCUGGAUCCACGGUUUAACUUAAUUGCUACAUUUAAACCAUCAUAUUCACAUCCCAUCUAGAACAUUGUAAGCAUAUUUCAUUGUUGCAUCAAUUUACAAGUUAGGUUUUCUAUGUUGACUCUCAUGGUCACGGGUCUGGUUCAAUGACCUAGACCACGAAAAUAGUACAAAACAUCGUCUUGUUGUCUGAUCAAAAUGACCCAAACCUUUGUAGAAUGACUCUUUCUUUUUUUUUAUCCACAUCAAAAUGCCAGGCUCGCUGGUGUAGCAGGUGUUAAAACUAAAAAAAUUAUGAAUUUUUUUUUGAUACUGUAGAUGAAAUUCCAUAUUUAUUAAUAUCUAACUUAUAUUUACAAGCCAACCAUCUCUAAAUUUACUGCUUAUCUGAAAGUGUGUUUUCUUGAUGUUUGCCAUGAUCUUUAGUAGGAAGUUAUUCUCAAUAAAAUUUAUUUUGGGAAUUGUUGCUGUAUAAGGUACCACCAUGUCUACAAGCUGGUUCAGCUCUAAUUUUAUGCAUAUGCCAACUAGAUGUACUUAUUUUGAUCAUAUCAACCUUUAUAUGACAUAUAUUGUAUGAGACACUUAGUAUAAUUCUUCAAACUUCUUUUGUGUGUGUGUUUGUAGAAAGAUAAUUAUCUAAUUUUAGUGUUUUAGUUUUCAUUACUUGUCCAGGCUAAUACAAAUUGUAAAGUUGUGUUGUAGUCUAUAGACUGCUUGGAAAUGUAAUUUAAUUCAUUAGUUGAGGUUUACUUUCACCAUUCACACUGACUUAAUUUUAUCAAUAAAACUUUCAUUAGAUACUUCUUAAUUAAUUUAAAAAUUUUUUUGACAUUUAAUAUGCACAAUAUUCUUUUUUUGAAACAAAAAGACAUGUUUUAAUAUUUCAUUACUUGUACACUUUGAGAAAUUUGAAGGGAGAACAGCCUUUUCUCAUGGUAAUACAAAAUUCCACACUCGCAUGGCAUUGUAGAUAGGGACACACAUUUGCCUGUGAUAGUGAAAGACAUACAGAUAAAAACAUUCUGCCAGUUUCACCAUUCCUCAUGUGGUCUAAUGGGGAUUUGAGGCAGAAACUUGCAUAUUUUUCCCUUUUCAGUUACUUGUUUUUCAAUCAUUUCAGUUUUUAUGGUUGAUAAAGUAUUCUUCAUUAGAAGCACUUCUUUAGUUACUUCCUGCUGACAUAAACCUGUAUUUUGAUAUUAAUCUAUAUGAUACCUGUUUCAUAACAUACAUUCUUCAAGAUUUUUCAACCAUUUAGUACCAAAAGACAACUAAUCCUUAUUAUUAAUAUCUAUAUAUAUAUCAUAAACAUUCGUGGGACAAGUUAGUUGCAAAAUAAACUGUGUUGACUGCACAUGUAUCUUGAAAUUAGUUGCCGAUACCAACUGUAGUAAGGGCACUAUUAUUGUGAUUGAUCUUGUCAUUUUAUUUGUAUUAACAUGUAAUAAUUAUUGUGAUUAAUUCCUCAAGACAUUUGUAUUCAGUAAUACUUUGUACCAUAAAACUACAACCAGUAGCUUAAGUGUUUUAACUCAUGAUGGCUGUAGACCAGAUGUCACAGUCUUGAAAGGAAUUCAUAUUUUGGAUACAAUAUGCAAUUAGAAGAUAAUCCAAAAGUUAAUAAAAGUCCUGAAAUGUAAGACAUUUUAUGAAUUCGUAUUCUAACUCCUGUUCAAAACUUCAGAUCUUAUCAAAGUUUCAAAAUUGGUUUUUAAGAUACUAAAAUUGUAGAAUUGUUACAAUACUUGACCAGAAGACACUUCUACUCUAAAGCUAAUAUCAGCAAUUACCUUAAACACAUAAUAAAGGAAAUCCCAGUAUCUCAUCACUGCUCAAUUUAAUCCAAAGAUCACAUUAUUCACAGGUAAUAUGCAGUCCAUUACUUAUUAGGUUAUUUGUAAGUAGUAUUCAGUGUAUUGUUAGUCCAAUUAAACUAGCUUUCUAGUUAAAUUAGAUGGUAUGUUAAGAAGGGAGUUGUUUACAUUUGUAUCUGGUUUCUUUUACUUGGGAAUAUGGCAAGAUUUACUGACUGUUUAUAUGGAAUUGUUAAACUGGAGUAAAUUGAAAUUGAUUUAAGCCCUGUGAUAUUAAAAAAAAAACUUUUGACUCAUGCUACAAAUAGAGAUGUUCAUGAAAAUUAUUGUGAAUCAUAACUUGCCUAUAUUCAGAAAGGUCUCCUAUGAUCACAAAUGAAAUUGUGAGGUCAAAUUAGAUUUUACUUAUUUUUAUUCACAGCUGGUUCAUAAUAUAAACUUCUAACUCUUCACAAUUGGAAAAUUUAGUGCAGAAAAUUUCAAAUCUAUAAGUUGUUUAAUCAUGAUUUUAUGGUUAAUAGAAAAAUUAGUAGUAAUUCUGAUUUUGUAUCAACACAUUUUGGCUGCAGGUAUACAGUAUCAUGAAACAAAAUGUAAAAAUAAAAAAAAACAUAAAUUUUGACACAUCAUAAAUGAAAAGCUUAGGAAGUUUUUCUCUAACAGAAAAUUAAAUUAUACCUUUUCUCAAAGGAUGUUGAAUCUUGUGAAUGUCCUAAACUAUAAGUUUAGAUGGAAACAGAAAAAUCUAUAAAUUUAUAGCACUGCUAUUUUUACUGAGCAUUGCCAUAUUUAUUGCCUAAAGUAAGAAGAUAUUAAUAUUGAUUGUUUGUUGCUGAGGUCAGUGAACUUUUUUUAUUCCUUUAUAAGGAAAGAACCAAAGUGUGUAUUUUUAAUCUUUAAAGUACUUAUUCUGCUGCUUUGAAUAUAGUCAGUAAACCAUUAUUUAUUGUUUAGAAACAAGUUUUUUGUUGUUUUUUUGGUAUCUUGGUUGUCAUUGCUUGAAAUGAAAUAAAAAUUACUCACUUUGUUUUCAUAUCUAACAAUCAACAUUAAUUAUCUGACCAUGAUCGUUAAAUGAUGUUAUGUUAAAGAUUUUGUGGAAGAUCUGUGAUAUAUGAAAUAUUCUAAUUUCAUUGUUUUUAUAUUCUAAUAUUUUAAAAAUUUCAGGCAUUAUGUGCUAAUCUAAACAUUUUAAACAAAAGGACUACUAGUAUAAAUGAGUGGAUAUAAUUCCAAUGGUCAUUGUAAGUAUAUCUUGAACAUUAGUAAAACUGUAUACAUUAAUUUUGUUCAUGGAUUACUGCAAAAAAUAUUAAGUGUAGAGAAAAUAUUUUGUAGUUGUAAUGGCAUAUUAAGUAUUGUAAAGAUAGUCAAACCACAAAAAGUAGCUAACAGUUACAUAAAAAUUAGAUAUGCUUGCUCACAGUCCCUCAAGCUAUCUAAAAACAUGUAAAUCUCAAACCUUGAAUAUCUUAAAAAAAAAAAAAUAUUAGUACGUAAUAAUUUUUUUACUUAAAUGCAAAUAAUUCUCUACACAGUGUUUCUGUGAUGACUUUCUUUUCCCAAAAUGUAUGUGUAAGUUUAGAGAUUUUUCUACUAAUGUUGUAUUUAUAAUAUUUUGAACAAAACCAGUCUGUCCUCAUUAUAAAUUUAUCUGGAAGACCAAGUGAAUUUCACUUUUGUACGGUGGGACCAAAUAUUUAGUGCAAACCAAUGGAAUUCUGGGACCUUGAAACUUAGUAAAAUUAGCAUGCCUACUUAAUGAUAAUUCUGUGUUUCUUUUUACAUCUUAUAAGUUUCAGGCACAAGGAAUUAUAAUACUCCUUUUAUGCAUCUGAUUAAGUGUGUAAAACAAAGUGUAUGCCUGGAUGUUUUAUAUUGUGUAUACCAUUUGCUUACUGUGAUUGCAAAGCUUUUACCAGAAAAAGUUUAAAACAUUGCUGUUUACUGAAUAGGAUUUUUUAUGGUUUAUACUUCAGAUAAAAUACCUUUUAAGAAUUUGUAAAUUUCACAUUUAAAAAAUGGGAUUAAUUGGAUAUGUUUUCAUUUAACGUCAUGAUCAUUCUGAAUAUUAGUUUUUUUUGUAAAAUUUGUCUUUCUUAUGAAUGUAAGUUUUGAAAAAUGUAGUGAUUUAUAAUUCUGUGAUGGCUUGUAUGUCUUUUUCUUGACAUAAAUAAUUAUUUAAAAAUC